UAAAUUCGUUUCAGAUCUUUAACAAACAGCAUCGAUUUAACUAUUAAUUCCGUAACACUUACGGCAGCGAAACUAGAAAACAAAUUGAAAAUGUUGAAAAUUUUGGCAGUGUGUCUGGUCAUCAUUUAUGUUGAUUUUGUAAAAGCGACUGGUGAUUAUAACGCCGAGACACGUAACUAUGUGAACGAAGUGAAAGAGGAUGGCAGUUAUAAUUAUCAAUUCGAUACCACAAAUGGUAUAGCCCAGCAGGAGUCGGGAGUGGGUGGCUAUUAUGCUGCCGGUUCGUCGCAAUAUUACUCACCUGAAGGGCAAUUAAUACAAUUAUCGUAUAAUGCUGAUGCGAAUGGUUUUCAGCCACAAGGAGCCCAUUUACCUACCCCACCGCCCAUACCGGAGGCUAUACUCAAAGCUUUAGAAUAUAUUCGCACUCAUCCGUAUCAAGAGGAACAACAACAACAACAACAACAACAGCAACAGCAGCAACAUCAACAACAACAGCAACGUCCUCGACAUCAUCAACAACCGUCACAGCAAUACGGUAAUCAAGGAUCCCCUUACCGCAAAUACUAAUUUACAAAACGUUUUAUCUAAAGUGUUAAAUGUUUGUUGUUCUCUUCCAUCUGUUACUGUGAUUAUAAAACUGUAUUUAUAUUCAAAAGCCGAAAAACAAAAAUUCUUUUGAGUUA